GUCACUCAGUUGUGCCUCAGGAUGCAUCUUUGAAUUCUCUCAGUAACCUCUGUACUGCUGUUUAUCAACUGUGUCCGAAUUUGAAACUUUGCCUGGAUUGCCAGGAAGGACAAAGAUCAUUUUCUCUCAUUUCGAAGACGUCUCCUGUUCACUUUGGAAUUUUUUAAAAAAUGACUGAAACUCCUCUAGUGAAUAUUACCUCCUCAAACCAGAGUGAACAUCAGAGCAACUCAACUGUUUGCCCAGACUUGGAUGAGUGGUGGGACAUCGUGUACUAUGUAGGACCCAAGUACAUCAACACCGUCUGCGUCAUUGGGAUGCUUGGAAAUGUGUUUGUUCUCUUCACCUAUUCACUGCACAAGGGCCCCCUGAAGAUAGCUGAAAUCUACCUGAUGAACCUUGCUGUUGCUGACCUUAUUUUCCUCAUGUGCCUCCCUUUCUGGGCAGAGAACAUCAACAAUGAGUUCAACUGGCCCUUUGGCAGCUUCCUGUGCCGCAGCAUCAGCGCCUCCAUCACCCUGAACAUGUACACCAGCAUCUACCUGCUGGUGGCCGUCAGCGUGGAUCGCUACCUGACCUUCGUGCACACCCUGAACCACAGGGAGAUAUGGAGCAAGUCCAUGACCAAAGGGAUCUGCUUGCUCAUCUGGUUCUUUUGCAUCCUUCUCAGCGUCCCAGCUUUCAUGUUCCGGACGGUGAAAGACUUUCCCCAGUGGAAUAUUUCAGCCUGCACCUUGGACUUCCCCAGCCCGUCGUGGGAAUUGGCUGAAAGCCUGGUGGGCAAUGUGGUGGGGUUUCUGCUGCCAUCCACAGCAAUCAUCUUCCUCAAUUUCUCCACCAUUAGGUCCCUACAAAGAACAGCAAAAGAGCGAAAAGCAAUCAGAGCAAAGGGUUGCAAGAGGCACAGAGGCACGAAGGCAACCAGGCUGAUCCUCACUGUGGUACUGAUGUUUCUUUUCUGCUGGACUCCUCACCAUUUUUUUGUAUUCCUUGAUGUAUUAUACCAUACAGAAGUGAUCAAAGGCUGCUUCUGGGGGGAACUGAUCAACUUUGGGGAGCAGUUUUCUUAUAUGCUGGCUAUCACCAACAGCUGCAUUAACCCUGUGAUUUAUGUCUUUGUUGGGAAAUACUUCAGGCAAAAGGCUUUAGAAGUUUUUUCACAGUUUAUUCCCUGUGGAUUUCCUUCGAGAUGGGUAUCUUUCAAAGAAAUGUCUUCAAAUUUCAACAUGUUUCCAGUCAAGAGUAGUUUAACAUAAUGGUUCUCAGUUCCUCUUCAUUUUAAUAUUAUAACUUAUUUUAUGCCACUGCAAAUGGCAUUAAAAAUUAAUAUGAAACAUUCUGAUCUGGCCUUCACAGACCAAGCUAAUUAUCUAUUAAAGUAAAUCACUUGAUUGAUUGCUUAUUUUUUCCUCAGGCUAGCUUUUCUAGUUCUGUGUCAUCCAUCCAAAUACAAAAUGUGUGACGCCAGAAUUUUUUACCAAAUUAUCUAACCUGUCUUACCUAUUAACAGUGGCUUAAAAGAAAAACUCUUUGACAAAAUACCAGAAACCUGGUUUCUUUGCAGAAAGCCAUAAGCCAGCUGAAUUUUUUGCUGCAUUGUAUCUGUGAUGACAGCUGCU